GUCAGCUGGUGCUGGCAGAGGCCGGCCUGGUGCAGGGGCUGCAGCUUCCCGGGGGCAGGAGCCGCGGGGCGCGGUGCCGGCUGCUCCCAGCGUGUUGGGGCUGAUGGAGGGGGCGCUGCUGGGGGCGGGGGCUUGCUCACGUCCCCCCCCCGCCUGUUGCGCCCUGCCGGGGGGCCAUGUGGCCUGGCACGUGGAGGAAGGUGCUGGCAGGGCUUAGCCCUGUGUCUGGCGCUGCUGUCAGGGUUGUCAAGCGGCUCUACUGCCCUGCGGGGAAGAGAGACACCAUCUUUGCCUUGUCUUCAGGCCACGGGAAAUGCGGCGUGGCAGUGAUCCGAACCAGCGGCCCCGCCAGCGGAGCAGCUCUGCGGAGUCUAACGGGGCAGCAGGAGCUGCCCCGGCCUAGAGCCGUCGCCUUGCGGAGGAUCCACGACCCCAGCUCCGCAGAGACUCUGGACAAGGGUCUGGUCAUCUGGUUCCCAGGGCCCCACAGUUUCACCGGGGAGGACUGCUCCGAGCUGCACAUCCACGGGGGGCCAGCAGUGGUGGGCGGCGUGCUCCAGGCCUUGGGGCGCCUGCCCGGCCUGCGCCCAGCCGACCCUGGCGAGUUCACCAAGCGAGCGUUCCAGAACGGCAAGCUGGGCCUGACCGAGGUGGAGGGGCUGGGGGACCUGAUCCAUGCCGAGACGGAGGCCCAGAGGAGGCAGGCACUGCGGCAGAUGGAGGGGGAGUUGGGGCAGCUGUACCAGCGCUGGAGUGAGGAACUCACCAAGGCUCUGGCCCAUGUAGAAGCCUUUAUUGACUUCAGCGAAGACGACAAUCUAGAGGAGGGUGUGCUGUCUCGAGUGGAUGCUGCCGUGCAGACUCUGGAGGAGGAGGUGAGGGGACACCUGCAGGACGGGCGGCGCGGAGAGCGGCUGCGCGGGGGAGUUCACGUGGUGAUUGCUGGCCCCACCAACGCUGGCAAGAGCAGCCUGCUCAACCUCCUGUGCCAGAGGCCUGCGGCCAUCGUGUCCCCUGUGGCGGGGACGACGCGGGACGUGGUGGAGUCGGCUCUGAACAUCGGCGGCUACCCCGUGGUGCUGAGUGACACGGCCGGGCUGCGGGAGACCCAGGACGCCAUUGAGCGGGAGGGCGUGAGCCGAGCUCGGGAGAGGCUGCAGCGAGCAGAUGUGGUGCUGGCUGUGCUGGCCGCGGUGGACGUUGCCCCGGAGCCUGGGUGCCUUGCCGAGGCCUUGCAAGCCAUCCUGCCCCCCGGAGUCCCGGCCCGACAGGCACCCUGCAUCCUGGUCCUGAACAAGGCUGACCUGCUGGAGGAGGGGCGCGGAGGGGCCCUGCUGGGAGCCUGCGGGGAGGGGGCGCUGCCCCCCGCCUGCCUGCUCUCCUGCAAGACUGGAGAGGGUGUGGACAGCCUCCUGAGCCUGCUGGGGACACAGCUGGAGCAGAUGUGCGGCGACCCUCUGGCCGGCUCCCCGAGCCUCACGCAGGCACGGCACCGCCUCCACCUCACCAGCUGCCUGGGCUCGCUGGGCCGGUACCACGGCUACAAGUCCCUGGAUCUGGUGCUGGCAGCCGAGGAGCUGCGGCUGGCCCGCAGGCACCUGGGGAAGAUCACGGGCCGAGUCAGUGCCGAGGAGAUCCUGGAUAUCGUCUUCAGGGACUUCUGUGUCGGGAAGUGAGGGGCCGGCGGGGCUGAGGUGUCGUUCGGGCCAGGGGCCGAGGCACCCGUGCGGCGUUGUGGGAAGAGCAAAACGCCGGGCAUGGGAGGAGCUGGGUCUGCGAUCCGCUUCGGCAGCGAUGAGUGUGCCGGUCUCAGCUUAGCUCCCGCAGCAGUUGUCCUCGGGGCUGGAGGAGCUGAGGGACAAUGACAGAGGUCUGUGGGGGGUAUUCUAGGGGCUGUGGGUCGGGGCUGAGGGGCAGCAGCAGAGCUGGGUGUGCUGGGGGCACAGAAGGCAGAGGACAGCCCCCUCCUGCACCUGCACCCAACUCUCAGGGCUAUUUGCCCCCCACUGUGUUUAUUAAACCCCCCUGGUCCCUUUC